UUCCAGGCUCCGGGCUGCUGUGUUCUGCGGCCGGGGAUCGUAUUCACGCACAAACCGUCUCCCCCUCGCCAGAUUCUCCACUCCCGCGCGCGCAGGCAGCGGAGGGUUGUUUUCCAAACUGCUGUUUUUAAUUGCACCUGCCUUUCGCUUUACCUCUGGGAAUCUGGGGGGAGGAGCCGAGAGGGUGGAAAAUGUUGCUUCGCUUUGCAAAAGGAAGAAAACUUUGCCACCCAGCAGGAGACCUCUGCCGCCUGUAACCCGGCGCGAGCGCAGACCAGGGCAGGCUCUGACUUUGAUUUUGCAGCCGACGAUUCCGUAGAAGGAGGAGGACGCUUGCGCUCCGCGCUCACCGCCGACCGCCGGCCCCUCCGGGCGGCGGCGGCGACGGUGCGAGUUACCUGCCCCACCCUCCCGCCGCGCGGAAGUCCCCACGAGGCGUCUCGGGUGGAAGCGCCGUGGUACGAGGCGCGCGGCUCCGAGCCGACGGCGGCGGCCGGGGGUGGCCGGAUCCCAGGGACGGGUCGCGGGGACUAACUUCUGGCUAAAGUUAUGGGAAGUGCGGCCAUGGACACCAAGAAGAAGAAAGAUGUUUCCAGCCCCGGCGGGAGCGGCGGCAAGAAAAAUGUCAACCAGAAAAGGCGUUCGCUGCGCGUGCACAUUCCGGACCUGAGCUCCUUUGCCAUGCCGCUCCUGGAUGGAGACCUCGAGAGCUCAGAAAAGCAUUCUCGCAAGGUGGACAGCCCCUUCAGCUCGGGCAGCCCCUCCAAAGGGCUCUUCUCCAGAGGUCCCCAUCCCCGGCCCUCCAGCCCCGUGUCUGCUCCGGUGAGGCCCAAGACCAGCCCCGGAUCUCCCAAAACCGUGUUCCCCUUCUCCUACCAGGAGUCCCCCCCGCGCUCACCUCGCCGCAUGAGCUUUAGCGGGCUCUUCCGCUCCUCGUCCAAAGAGUCUUCGCCCAACUCCAACCCGUCUACCUCUCCCGGGGGCAUCAGGUUUUUCUCCCGCUCCAGAAAAACCUCCAGCCUCUCCUCCUCUCCGUCGACACCCACGCAGGUGACCAAGCAACACACGUUUCCCCUCGAGUCCUACAAGCAAGAGCCCGAGCGGCUGGAGAACCGCGUCCACGCCUCCUCGCCGCCUCCGGACACCGGCCAGAGGUUCUGCCUGUCCUUGCAGAGUGCAACCAGGCCGCCACUGGGCUCGCCCACGCACUAUGCUCCCUCCAAAACUGCGGCGCUGGCGGCGGCCCCGGGACCCGCGGAAGCCGGCAUGCUGGAGAAAUUGGAGUUCGAGGAAGAAGCAGAAGACUCAGAAAGCGGAGUUUACAUGCGAUUCAUGAGAUCACACAAGUGUUAUGACAUCGUCCCAACCAGUUCAAAGCUUGUUGUCUUUGAUACUACAUUACAAGUUAAGAAGGCCUUCUUUGCCUUGGUAGCCAAUGGUGUUCGAGCAGCACCGCUGUGGGAGAGUAAAAAGCAGCGUUUUGUAGGAAUGCUAACAAUUACAGAUUUCAUAAAUAUACUACAUAGAUACUAUAAAUCACCUAUGGUACAGAUAUAUGAAUUAGAGGAGCAUAAGAUUGAAACUUGGAGGGAGCUUUAUUUACAAGAAACAUUUAAGCCUUUAGUGAAUAUAUCUCCAGAUGCAAGCCUCUUCGAUGCUGUCUAUUCGUUGAUCAAAAAUAAAAUCCACAGAUUGCCAGUUAUUGACCCAAUCAGUGGGAAUGCACUUUAUAUACUUACCCACAAAAGAAUCCUCAAGUUCCUCCAGCUUUUUAUGUCUGAUAUGCCAAAGCCUGCCUUCAUGAAGCAGAACCUGGACGAGCUGGGAAUAGGAACGUACCACAACAUUGCCUUCAUUUACCCAGACACUCCUAUCAUCAAAGCCUUGAACAUAUUUGUGGAGAGAAGGAUAUCGGCCCUGCCUGUGGUGGACCAGUCAGGAAAAGUUGUAGAUAUUUAUUCCAAAUUUGAUGUAAUUAAUCUUGCUGCUGAAAAAACAUACAAUAACCUAGAUAUCACAGUGACCCAGGCCCUGCAGCACCGCUCGCAGUAUUUUGAAGGUGUCGUGAAGUGCAAUAAGCUGGAAACACUGGAGACCAUUGUGGACAGAAUAGUCAGAGCCGAGGUCCACCGGCUGGUGGUGGUGAACGACGCGGAUAGCAUCGUGGGGAUCAUCUCCCUGUCCGACAUCCUGCAGGCCCUCAUCCUCACACCAGCAGGUGCCAAACAAAAGGAGACGGAGACAGAAUGAGCCCCGUGAAUGCGGACGCCCUCACAGGAGAACUUGAACAGUUUCUGGGUCACGUCUUGCCUCGUGAACACUGGCUGCAAUAGGAGAGUAAAACGGCUGAGAAUGUAUAUCAGGGUUUAGCGAUGAGUAUUUUUUUUCCAGUGAUAUAAGCAUUAAAAAUUAAAAAAAAAAAAAAAAGAUUUUAUGUGCUUGAGGAUUCAGGCUCGCAUUAGGAGACUGUGCCCAGACGUCCGUCUGAAGGGUUUUAAAUGCUGUAUAUCAUUAAAGUGCACUGCGUCCUGAAGUUGUUGUUAUUUUUCAUUUCAAAGAGUUCACUGGUAGGAGGCAGGUGACGCGACAUAAGGUGAGUGUCCGGCACAGUCAGAUCCCAGUGCCUUAUGUCCGAGCCCGGCGACAAGUCAUCGCUGCUGCCCGCCCGCCCCGCCCAGAGCGCCCGGAGCUGAGGCUGAGCUUGAACGUGCGAGCCUCGGAACCUUCGCCCCAAGUCGGCUUGUUCUCAUUAGAUUUGUUGAAAAGAUGUGAUUCCAACAUAAAUAAUUACUAUCAAACCGCCAGCGACACUUGUAAGUGUUUUGUCCGGAGCUACCGUGUAAACCAGGCUGCUUGGCAACAGCUUUAUUUAUUUUUACUUCCAUGCAAUUUUUUACACAGCUUUUGGUGGGCAAAUUUCACCACAUCCACGAAUAAAGUCCUGGUUGUUAUUUUACGAUGGCGAAUUUCCCUUUAUUUAAGUUUGGAUCAGAAAAGGAUAUGACUUGUAAAACAACCACUGUUGGGUUUCAAAAGCUGAGGUUUCUAAAAGUGUGGAAUCGGGCCGCGGUCAGGAGGCAACCAAGUGCCAGGGAGAUGUCUAUUUUUUUUCUCGCGUAUUGAAAUGUAAAAUCAUGACGUGUGUAUGGCUGCUGAUGCGAUUGUGAAUUUUAUCGUGGCACAUCCAGUACUGUUAUGGUUGAAGAGAGACCUUCCUAAAUACAAGUGCUCUGAAAAUGUUGACACUGUGUGUAUGUAUAUAUAUAUAUAUAUGAGGACAACUGGGUUCUUUUGUUUUUUUGUUUUUUUCAGAUUGAAAAACUAAAAUAAAUCCUACUAUCUACCA